AUGCCCCAAAGAGAAAGUUUACAGUUACCUGGUGGUCGAAGAGCACCGUGCAAUAACGAGGGAGAAUCCGUUGCAGUUGAUGAUAUUGAUAAAAAGGGAUGUUUCUCUUGCAUUUGUAAGAACGGAUUUGUGGAGUGUCGUAGUGAGUACACAUGUCCACCAAUCGAUGGUUGCUACAUGCUGAUUGAAGGGACAGAAGAUGGUUGUUGUCAAAGAUGCAAAGGUUGUGUCUACAAGGGAAUCCACUAUGCCAGUCAUACCGAAUGGAUUGAUUCGAGUGAUCCUUGCAAGGUGAUGAGAUGCGAAGCAGGGAUUGUAACGGAAUCAACAAUGCAGUGCUAUACUCCAUGUUUAAAUCCAUUGCCACCCGCUCCUGGAAUGUGUUGUCCAACUUGUUCAGAGUGCAAAAUAAAUGGACAAGUUGCUACUGAUGACAGGGACGUGACUUCUGACGAUCCCUGUCUACAGUGUCGUUGUAUAGAUGGAAGACUUACCUGCACUAAAAAAGCAUGUCCUGUUCUACAGUGUUCAGAAGAACAUCAAAUUCAUAUACCUGGAGAGUGUUGUCCAAAAUGUUCUGGUACGAGGUCACUAUUAUCCAUCUCCAAAGCAUGUACUGUCGGCAACAGUUUCUACUUGGAAGGGCAUAAAUUUAAUACAGAUAGGUGUACACAUUGUGCUUGUAUUAAUGGUACUGCAGUUUGCCGAAGGAAUUCAUGUCCGGUGUUAAAUUGUGGACCAACCUUUCAAGAAAGAAUUAAAGGAAGUUGCUGCCCGUACUGCGCAAUGCCUGCAGAAAUUCGAUUGCAAUGUAGUUAUAUGGGAAAAACUUAUGAGGAUGGCCAAUCGUGGAAAUUAAAUGCGUGCAGUUCUUGUAAAUGUGUCCAAGGGAUGCAGAGUUGUGCACGGACUAGGUGCAACAUCACCAUGGCUUGUCCUCCAGGAUCAAAAUAUGUUCAAACGGCAGGAGAAUGUUGUGGAAAAUGUGUUGAAAAUGAAGGAGUGUGCAUGGCUUUUGGAAAUUCUCAUUAUAAAACUUUCGAUGGUAAAAUAUAUAAUUUUGGAGGGUUGGGAAAAUAUCAGUUCGUAUCCGACUGUCGCUCCCAUAUUUUCUCCGUUAGAAUCACAAACGUCCAUAAUAAAAGAUCUGUGAAUACAAGAAGAAUAACCAUUAAGUCAAAUAGCAUUCGCAUCAAUUUAGCUCAGAAUUUCAAAUGUAAAGUUAAUGGUGACUUGGUAAAGUUUCCUUUUAAAAUUGAGGGAUCUGUUAAAAUAGAAAAACGUCUAGACGUCUUAGAAGUAACCCUUUCAAGCAAAGUUGUUAUUGUGUGGAACGGCAAAAGUUUUCUAGAAGUAACGGUCCCACCGGAAUUCAAAAACAAACUCUGCGGUCUCUGUGGUAAUUUCAAUUCCAAUGUCAAAGACGACUUUAAACUUCGAAGAGGUGUAGUCGUAAGGGAUACCGAUGCUAUUUCAUUUGCCUCGUCUUGGUGUGUUGGACCGAAGUCUUGUAUAAAACAAUCUGCACAACUAACACCAUUACGACAAUGUAAAAUAAGGAAUGCAGACAGAAAUCAUUGUAAGCAUCUCUUAAGCACCAAAGUUUUUAAUGGAUGCGAUUCGAAGCUGAAUUCAAACAAGUACUACAACGCUUGCAAGUCAGAUAUGUGCGACUGUCCCAAUGGAAAAUGCUACUGCGAAAGCUUAAUGGCUUAUUCUAGAGAAUGCGGCAGGUUGGGAGUGGAUGUUGACAAUUGGAAAAAGGAUAGCUUUUGUAUCAACAUAAACAAAGCGCGACGGAAGAAACCCAUUUCUAACUCAAUGUUUUCCCAAGAAGACAUCAGCAAAAUACUGAGGGUAAUGAAUAAACAAAAUAGAACAAAAAGUGGUAGAUCUCCAAUACCGUUAAAUUAACUACGGUACCAAUCUCAGAACUAGUCAUAAUACAGACAUCAGUAUUUUAGACAAUCGACUAAAAUGGUUAUUAUAUGCUUUUGAUACCGAGAUUCUAAUAAUUCAAAAUGAUAAUUUCCUUUUUAUUCGAGCAGAUAAGAAAGCCAAAGUGAAAUUUCAAU